CUCUUUCUUCUGCCAGACCUGAAUUUUUCAAUCUUAAUCCGUUGUGGGGUUUAGGGUUCUUCCUGCUCUUCGCUCGGACACUGCUUCUUCUGCUUUAAUCAGGCAUCAUGACUGCCGAACAAAGGGAAGAAAACGCGGCCAAACUGGAAGAACAGAAGAUCGAUCUCGACAAGCCUGAGGUUGAGGACGAUGAUGACAAUGAUGAGGAUGAGUCCGAAGACGAUGACGAGGCAGAGGGACAAGAUGGGGAGGCAGGUGGUAGAUCAAAGCAAAGCAGAAGCGAGAAGAAGAGCCGUAAAGCGAUGCUGAAGCUCGGGAUGAAACCCAUCCCCGGUGUUAGUCGUGUCACCGUGAAAAAGAGCAAGAAUAUCUUGUUUGUCAUAUCGAAACCCGAUGUGUUCAAGAGCCCGGCUUCAGACACGUAUGUGAUUUUCGGGGAGGCAAAGAUUGAGGACUUGAGCUCACAGCUUCAGACGCAGGCGGCUGAACAGUUCAAGGCUUCCGACCUAAGCAACGUGAUCUCAAAGGGCGAGACAUCGGCCGCAGCAGCAGAAUCAGCAUCGGCUCGGGAUGAGGAAGAGGCCGAUGAAGAGAUUGACGAAACGGGUGUUGAGCCUAAGGACGUCGAGUUGGUCAUGACACAGGCCGGAGUGUCGAAAUCGAAGGCCGUGAAGGCUCUCAAGGCUGCUGACGGAGACAUAGUCUCUGCCAUUAUGGAGCUCACUACCUAAAACUGAAAUCUUUUUUCCUACUUAGAAAUGGGUUUUCCACUUUUGGGUUUACAUGGUCAGAUUUGCGGUCUAUAAAGGAGUCUUCAGAAUUUUGGGUUUCUUCCAUUGGAGUGUUGCGUUUCUUUUAAGUGGUUUUGUUUUUGUUGUAUCAUUAUGACAACCUUAAUCUUGAUGUUCAUUUUGCUUUGAGUUC